AUGACGGUUUUCAGCUUGUUCAUUGUUCUGCUAUAUGGAGUUACAAUGGCUUUGGCACAAGCAGGGCUUCAGGGCUUGCCAAGAUUAAGCCAUGGAAGCUCCCUAUCUGUUGAGAAAACGAAUGACUUCCUAAUAUCCCCAAAUGGGACAUUCUCUGGUGGAUUUUACAACGUGGGAACGAAUGCCUAUUGUUUUUCAAUCUGGUUCACCAAUUCUUUGAACAAAACAGUUGUCUGGAUGGCCAACAGAGACAGUCCAGUGAACGGAAAGCAGUCGCAGCUAGAUCUCCACGGAAAUGGCAACCUGGUGUUGACUGAUGCAGAUGGCUCAAUCACAUGGUCAACCAAUACAUUUUCGGAUGCAAUUGUGGAAGCUCGGCUUCUUGAAACCGGAAAUCUGAUACUGAUCAACCAAGCAGAGGAGAUCAUCUGGCAGAGUUUUUAUUUCCCUACAGACACUCUCCUUCCAGGUCAAAUACUGUCCAAGAACAUAACCUUGGUCUCUAUGAGGAAUCGAGGUACAUACUUUUCUGGAUUCUACAACUUCAAAUUUGAUGAUAACAAUGUAUUAGACCUCAUAUACAAUGGUCCUCUGGUUUCAAGUAUCUAUUUGCCAAGUACAGCAAUAUCUGUUUUCGAUAGUGGCAGAACACCCUACAACAGUUCCAGAUCAGCAUUCGUUAACAGCUGGGGGCAGUUUAUAUCAAGUGACAAUUUUAUUUUCUAUGCCUCUGAUUAUGGGGUUGGUCCCAAACGACGCUUAACAUUAGAUUAUGAUGGGAUUUUGAGAUUGUAUAGCUUAGAUGAUUCAACUGGGCUUUGGGAAAUCUCAUGGUUACCUGGUGGCUUAAGUCCUUGUCAGGUUCACGGGUUAUGUGGACCAAAUGGUGUUUGCAGUUACAAUCCCCUACCUACUUGCACUUGCCCUCAUGGUUUUGAUAGAAAUGAUCCUUCAGAUUGGUCUAAAGGUUGCUCACCUCGAUUCAAUCUGACUUGUGAUCCACUUGCAUGGGAUUUCAUUGAGCUUCAGUAUACAGAUUACUUUGGAUAUGACAUGGACUUCUAUGGUCGUAACAUGACCUUUGAAGCAUGCAGGAAUGCCUGCCUGAGCGAUUGCAAAUGUGCAGGCUUUGGAUAUGCACUGGAUGGUCUAGGACAGUGCUUCCCCAAAAGUACUCUCCUGAAUGGUUUUAGCAUGCCAAGUUCUACCCAAAUCAUGCAUUUAAAAGUCCCAAGAGCCAUGGUGAUCUCUCAGGCGGAACAAAGGCAGGUAAAAACAAAUGACUUGAACUGCUCAAAUACCGAAAUUGUAUUCAGGGGCGACGAUGCUGAUGGAGAAAAUAACAACAGAAAUGGGUAUAUGAAAUACUUAAUUGCAUUUGUAGGUUCAUUUGGAGUAUUUGAAAUGAUUUGCAUUGGUUUAGGCUGGUGGUACGUCUUUCGAAAACACGCCAAUGAGCAGGUGAUAAACAUGGGCUACACUGUACUGGCUAUGGGUUUCAAACGUUUCACUUUCGCAGAACUAAAGAAGGCAACUCAGAACUUCAACCAAGAAAUAGGAAAGGGGGGCUUUGGAACAGUCUACAAAGGCAUUUUGGACAACGAGAGAGUUGUAGCUGUGAAGAGAUUGGAAGGCAUUUUGCAAGGAGAUACAGAAUUUUGGGCAGAGAACAUAUUGUUAGAUGAUCAUCUUGAGCCUAAGGUGACUGAUUUUGGUAUGUCAAAGCUUUUCAAACGCAACCAUGACAUGAUGUUUUCUAGAGUCCGUGGCACAAGAGGUUAUCUAGCCCCGGAAUGGAUGAUGAACCUAAGUAUUAAUGCAAAGGCUGACGUCUACAGUUUUGGCGUCGUCUUGUUGGAAUUACUGACUGGGAAGAGUGCAUCUAGUUUCCAGUGGACUGGAGUCGAGGAGAAAGUGUAUAAUGACAUGGAACAAUGGGCGAAGCAUACGAUUAAACAAGAGGGGCCUAAGGGAAUAAUUGACCAGAGAUUGAAUGAUGAAUAUGAUACUGAGGAGGUUGAAAGAUUAAUAGAAGUUGCAUUGUUGUGUUUGGGAGAAGAUCGGAGUACCAGGCCACCUAUGAGUAAGGUGUUGGAGCUUCUAGUUGAGUGUGAUAAGUCAAACACAAAGUGA